UUUGUUUUUAUUCCCUAUUCCCGUGCCCCCAUCCCCCACGCGCGCCUGCAGGGCGGCCACCUCGUACGCAGCCCCUUCCCGGCAGCUCCCCCGAGCGCAGGCCCUUCUCCCGCUCCCCCUCCUUCGAAGGGCGGGGAAGGGGGGAAGCUCCCCCCCUCCACCAAGUCGCUUCUGCGCUGACACUUCGUUUCCCUGUGGCGAAGUCGAGGACGGAGAAGAUCCUCCGUCUCAUGCGUGCCCCCACGCCCGCCAGCCUCCUCGCCGCCCUGCUCUGAGGGAAGAUGCUGUGGAGAGCCGUUACCGCUCUCCUCCCACCUCAGGAAACCGUAAAACUCCACAGCCUUGAUUCAGCUGCUCUCUCCGGGGCACGGAGACACGCCUCCUGCGGCCCGUCGUUUUCCAGCCCCAGCGGCCGGAGGGCGCUUGGGUUCUGUCCUCCCAGUCCCCCUUCUCGUCAGCGAGGAGUGAGGGCGUCCGACCACCCUCCCGGCCCAGCUCCCCCGCGGACGGCUGUGUCAGAGCGGGACGUCCGCCCCCACCUGCGUCUCUGCAGAGACCCCCAAAGAAGUCCCUCUGCUGGGGGAUUUCCUUGAAUUCUCCUGUGAGGAGAGCGCCCCCCACCACUGCUGGCGCUGCGCGGCCGAACGUCACCCUCCGCCUGCCUCGCUGCGGGCCGACCGUGGUGGCCGUAGCAGCCGCCUGCGAAGCGGAGGGAGGCGGCAGGCUCGGUGCUCUCGGCACUGGCUGCGGGCGGGAAGCCAGCGCCGCCCCGCGCCCCCUCCUCGGCGGGCUGGGCGGGAGCGCCCGAGUUCCCUCCGCUCCGAGGGGGCGGCGGCUGGCGCGUGCCUCCCGCCGCUCGCCCAGGCCGGCGGCCGCUCUCCUCCGCUCCCCUCCGCUCCGCUGGCGUUCCGGGGGUGAGGUUCCCGCACCACCGGCUCCUCCUCGGUGCCCCGCAAUAUUGCUUGAUGGGGUCACGCCGUUUGCCAUUUUGCUUUGCUGCUAGUGCUGGCUGGUGUUUUCUUUACCUGUUCUGUGGAAGAGUGAAGGCUCUUGUAGCCUCUGUCCCUCCAUGGCCUCAUCUGCCUGAGCAGUGCAUUGCCCGAUUUUUUGCUUUCCCUGGAUAUGAGGAGGAACAGGUCCCUUUUAGAGUCUAUUUUUGCACGCAGGGAGUGUGAAAUGGUCUCUGACUUUGGAGGAACAAUACAUUUUUGCCUACUGGAAGAAUGCAGUGAAACUGCCAAUAUUUCUAGCUGGAAUUCCAAAUUUAAAACUCAACUUUAGUGUUACUAAUUUCUUACUAAAUAGUACCUCAUAGUAGAAUAAAAAUGUAUGGAAGUGCAAGAACAAUCGGCAAUUUAGAAGGAAGUCCCUCCAGGUCUCCUCGCUUGCCAAGAUCUCCUCGUCUGGGCCAUAGGCGAACAAAUAGUGGAGGAGGAGGAGGAACAGGUAAGACGUUAUCAAUGGAGAACAUCCAGUCCCUUAAUGCAGCCUAUGCAACAUCUGGACCAAUGUAUCUGAGUGACCAUGAAGGUGUAGCUUCUACUACUUUCCCAAAGGGCACAAUGACUCUUGGAAGGGCUACAAAUCGAGCUGUGUAUGGAGGUCGAGUCACAGCUAUGGGGAGCAGUCCUAAUAUUGCGUCAGCUGGACUUUCACACACAGAUGUCCUUUCUUAUGCUGAUCAGCAUGGAGGUCUGACCACAUCUUCACACCAUCACCACCAUCAGGUUCCUUCUAUGUUGAGACAGGUUAGAGAUAGUACCAUGUUAGACCUGCAGGCUCAGCUUAAGGAACUACAGAGGGAGAAUGAUCUUCUCAGAAAAGAACUAGACAUUAAGGACAGCAAGCUGGGAUCCUCCAUGAAUAGCAUUAAAACUUUCUGGAGUCCUGAGCUAAAGAAAGAAAGAGUAUUGAGGAAAGAAGAAGCUGCCAGAAUGUCAGUUCUUAAAGAACAAAUGAGAGUUUCCCAUGAAGAAAAUCAGCAUCUGCAAAUGACAAUCCAGGCACUUCAAGAUGAGCUUAGAACCCAGAGAGACCUUAACCAUCUUCUUCAGCAAGAAAGUGGGAACCGAGGGGCUGAGCAUUUUACCAUUGAGCUCACAGAGGAGAAUUUUCGAAGACUUCAAGCAGAACAUGAUAGACAAGCUAAAGAGCUCUUCCUGUUGAGAAAAACACUAGAAGAAAUGGAGCUUAGGAUUGAAACACAAAAGCAAACACUAAAUGCCAGAGAUGAAUCAAUAAAAAAGCUUCUGGAAAUGUUGCAAAGUAAAGGCUUGCCAUCUAAAGGGAUGGAAGAUGACAAUGAGAGAACUCGAAGGAUGGCAGAGGCUGAAUCUCAGGUUAAUCAUUUAGAAGUGAUUUUAGAUCAGAAAGAGAAGGAAAACAUGCAUCUUAGAGAGGAGUUACAUAGAAGAACACAACUUCAGCCUGAGCCAGCAAAGACGAAAGCUCUUCAAACAGUUAUUGAAAUGAAGGAUACAAAAAUAGCUUCACUUGAGCGCAAUAUAAGAGAUCUUGAAGAUGAAAUACAGAUGUUAAAGACAAAUGGUGUUCUGAAUACAGAGGACCGAGAAGAAGAAAUCAAACAAAUAGAAGUUUACAAGAGUCACUCAAAGUUCAUGAAAAAUAAGAUUGACCAACUGAAACAAGAACUCUCAAAGAAAGAAUCGGAACUUCUUGCCUUACAAACUAAGCUUGAAACCCUUAGCAAUCAGAAUUCAGAUUGCAAGCAACACAUUGAAGUGCUUAAAGAGUCACUUACUGCCAAAGAACAGAGAGCUGCCAUACUUCAGACAGAGGUUGAUGCCUUGCGGUUACGAUUGGAAGAAAAAGAAACCUUUCUCAAUAAAAAAACAAAACAACUUCAGGACCUCACAGAAGAGAAGGGAACCCUGGCUGGAGAGAUUCGAGAUAUGAAAGAUAUGUUAGAAGUAAAAGAAAGAAAAAUUAAUGUUCUUCAAAAAAAGAUUGAAAAUCUGCAGGAACAACUUAGGGACAAAGACAAACAACUAACUAAUCUAAAAGACAGAGUGAAGUCAUUGCAGACGGAUUCUAGUAACACAGACACAGCACUAGCAACCUUAGAAGAAGCUCUAUCAGAAAAGGAAAGAAUUAUAGAGCGCUUGAAGGAGCAAAGGGAGAGAGAUGACAGAGAAAGACUGGAAGAAAUUGAAUCUUAUAAAAAAGAAAACAAAGACCUGAAGGAGAAAGUUAAUGCUUUACAAGCUGAACUGACAGAAAAGGAGUCUAGUUUAAUCGAUCUCAAAGAACAUGCAUCUUCAUUGGCAUCAGCAGGGCUGAAAAGAGACUCCAAACUUAAGUCUUUAGAAAUAGCCAUAGAACAAAAGAAAGAAGAGUGUAGUAAGUUGGAAGCACAGUUGAAAAAGGCUCAUGAGGCUGAAGAGGAGGCACGGAUGAAUCCAGAAUUUGCAGACAGAAUAAAACAGCUUGACAAAGAGGCAUCGUAUUAUAGAGAAGAAUGUGGCAAAGCUCAGGCUGAGGUUGACAGACUUCUAGAAAUACUCAAGGAAGUAGAGAAUGAGAAGAAUGACAAAGAUAAGAAAAUUGCUGAGUUAGAAAGACAUAUGAAGGACCAAAACAAGAAGGUUGCCAAUCUGAAGCACAAUCAGCAAAUGGAGAAAAAGAAGAAUGCACAGUUGUUGGAAGAAGUUCGUAGACGAGAGGACAAUAUGACUGACAACUCUCAACAUUUACAAGUAGAAGAGCUGAUGAAUGCACUGGAAAAGACUAGACAAGAAUUAGAUUCUACCAAAGCCCGUCUUGCGUCAACACAGCAGUCUUUGGCUGAAAAAGAAGCACAUCUGGCUAACCUGAGAAUAGAACGAAGAAAACAGCUUGAAGAAAUCCUAGAAAUGAAACAGGAAGCUUUGCUUGCUGCAAUCAGUGAAAAAGAUGCAAACAUUGCCUUGCUUGAACUGUCAGCUUCAAAGAAAAAGAAGACUCAAGAUGAAGUAAUGGCUCUUAAACGAGAGAAAGACAGAUUAGUACAUCAGUUAAAACAGCAGACACAAAACAGAAUGAAACUGAUGGCAGAUAACUACGAUGAUGACCAUCAUCACUACCACCACCAUCACCACCACCACCAUCAUCGAUCUCCUGGGAGGCCACAACACUCCAACCACAGACCCUCUCCAGAUCAGGAUGACGAGGAGGGUAUAUGGGCGUAGACGUUCCUAUAAACCAAAGUUCCAGUUUUGUUCUGAGGGUUGUCAGAGGAACUAGUGAAAGAGGAAGAAAAUAUAGUAGCACUGGAAGGUAACAAUGAUAAUCUAUUGCAUUGGAUCUCCAGACAUGACCAUGAUAUCCUGGAGAAGAUCACAGAUGCAGAAAAUGAAUGUUAAGGUUGAUAUCUAGUGAAAUGCUGCAUUAAUUGGCAUUUUCUCCAUUAUUUUUUGUAGUCUACUAUGAAAUUAGAUACUUUGGAAAAUGAUGAAGGAGACUAAAGCAGAAGUUACAAGAACUUCAUUUCUGUCUUCAGUGGGUCUUGCAAGUUAUUCUGUUUUCAUAAAGAAACUAUCGGUUCAGAAUAUUAUUGUUUAAUGAAGUUGAGUUAAAGAGGUUAUUUAACUAACUUUUGGUAAAUUGAUAUUGAUUUCAGUAAGUAAUUCAGAUUCUCUUAGGUGUGGUAUCUGCAUUUGGUGAUUUUACCUAGUCUGUUCUAAAGUAUCACUUCUAUUGCACUAGAUUAUCAAAGAGGUAUUAGUAAAAUGCUAUAUAAGGGUGUUGGCAUUAAUCUUACCCCAGUUAGAUGUGGGCUAUUCCAAAAAAAUGAAAACCAAGCCUUUACCCUCCUCUGUUUUCUUAUAUCUACUGAUAAAAUAAUAGUAAUUACAAAGAAACCCAAAACAAAACCCAAAAAACAUUUAUAGUAUAACAGGUAUUAAGCUCUGGGCCAGGUUGGAAAUGAAAUCAAUUUUUGGUACUUAUAAUUGAUGACAAAGAUUAGCUUUAUGAAAAUAUGGUGUGUGUCUCUGACAAUGCAUAGGACAUCUAAUUUGAGCAUAAAUAUACGAUUAUAUACAAGAUGUAUCUAUUCCUGGAUGGUAAAAGCUUGAGGCGUAUAUAAAUACAUAUGUAUGUAUAUAUAUGGGCAUAUACACAAGGAUUUAUCAACCUUUUACCAUCCAAAUGCAUAAAGGUUUUCAACAAUAAAAGCUGGGACUCUUAAAUAAAAUAAUUAUAAAGAUAAGGUUGCUGUGAAUACAGUGUAUGCACUAGGUCUCCUGUAAAUGAGGAACUGUUUGUUAUUGUUUUCUACAUUGAAAAACAGUCUCCAACAUGGAUCCCAACAAAUCUUAGCUGUUAAAGAAGAAAAUACCAAUGAACAAAUAGCACUUAAAGGCUGUUUGAUUCAACAAAAUGUAUCUAGUAAAAUAAAUGUAAAGCACAUGCAAGGAAAAAUAGAAAUGUGAAUUCAUUACGUUCAGUGACAGAAUAUAACUGAUAUUAGAGAGUCAAAUCUCUACCACUUCUCAAGGAGAGGAUCCUUAUGACUCCAUGAACAUUUUCAGUCAGUCUGGCAAACAUGCAAAUGGUUGGCUGUUUUAUUGGGGAAUCUUUUUGUCCAUGGAAGAAAUGCUUCCAUGCUGAUGGGAGUUGAAAUAGAAUAUCUGCAUUUUUAAAGGACAAACAAUAAAUUUAAGCAUGGGUGGCCUUAAUCCUUAGUAGUUUUUCUUUGCUGCUGUAAAAAAGAUAAAUCUAAAUGGAUACUCCUAAAGUCUUGCACUGAAUUUAGAAAAAUUAUUUUUUGAACCUGUGGUGCAAUUAACCCUAAACAUCCUACAUGAGCCAUACAUAGUAACCCCUUUAAAAUUAUUGUCUAGAGAUGAUAUUUUAUUUAUUUGUACCAUAAUUCUUGGUGCAAUCAAAGAGCAAUUUAUUUGAGCAGGAGUCCUGCUGGAUGCUACUGUCUUCAAUAAAUAGAGUAAAAUGUAUAGAAUUAGUAUAGCUUAGAUAAUCCAAAUUUCAUUCAUGUUUAAAAAGUUUGUCCUUUAACUAUCAAUGACAUUUUAGAUCUUUGUUUUUGAAACAGCAAAGCUUUUGGGAGUAUAUUUAGCACAUAUGACAAAUGUUGCACUUGGAAACUCAGACAACAAAACUAGUUUCUCAUGACAAAUUUGUUGUCGCAGUAGGGGACAAUCGUCUGUGUCUCUUACAAUCAGGUCUUUACCUUAACUCUGCAACUGAAUACUUGAAGUAGGAAAUAAACUAGGGGGAAAUAGGGUCACAGAUACAAAGCUGUAUAGUUAGAUAUUUAUAUGUAUGUGCCAAUUUUGUCACAGAUAUUAUUUUAGGGGCAUUUUUGCUCCACUCAUAUUGUAAGAGUAUUGAUCUAAACUUCUAUUAGGGCCUACAAGUUAGCCCCUAAAGAGAACAAUUUUGUCUAACAUUGCUUUUUUCUUUUUUUUUUUUUUUCUUUUCAUUUCAUGUGAUACUCUAUGAUGUUUGGAGAAAAUCUUUUCAUAUACUAAAAUAGAAUCUCGGGGUUUACAAUAAACACUGUGAUGUUGGGAAAUAUUUUAUUUGAGCAAUGUUUGGUAGGUUUUUUUCCCCCUCUAAGUGUAAAGAAGCAAACCAACUUUUGGUUAACAUUUAAGAUAAUGAUUAUUAUUUUAAUGUGAGAUCAGUCUUGUACUGCACAUUCUUUCUUUCAUUUAAGUGUACAGUAUGAAUUUUGUAUUUAAUGAAUUUUGUGUAUCCAGUAUGCACGUACCUGCACAUUGACUUUCAUUUGAAAGUGGGUUUCAAUUUACUUUUUAAACAGUGUUUAUGAAAAGACCUCAGAUGUGUUGACACAAACUAUAUCUGCAAUGGUUUUUUUUUGUGUGUAGGGUGACGUUUGAAUGUGAUGUACUGCAGCAAUGGGUCAGUAUUCCCUAUUUACCUUAGAUCCUCAUUUGAUAGUGCUUCUUGUAAUAAUUUUUUCAAGUGAGUGGCAUGUUCUGGAUUGUGAUAUUGAUAUGUGAUUAAGGACAUUGAUAUGAAACUAAGGAAUUCCUAGAAAUAACCAGUGGGCAUGUAGUAGACAGUCAUUGUAAUUUAAUGUCUAGUAGAAGUGUAAAGUACUAAGGUAUUUCGAGUUCAUAACAUUGUUAUCAUGUGUAUGGGAAGUAUUUAGUGUUGAUCAGCUUGUUUAUAUUCAUCAAAUAAACUCUGUUUCUUUCUGAAA